AUGUGGAAAGACGAUGACAAAGUCGUUUUGAUUUAUUGCCCUGAGUGGUACGACCUUACCGAUGCAAGUCCUGGUGUGAUCCAAGAUCUCAGUAAGAAAAUAGAGUCACAUUCUAUGGACGUGCGCAGACACUACGAGGAAAUGAUGCAGAAAAUGAAGGUAUCUAUCUAUCUAUCUAUCUCCAACUGUUCAUUAUCUAUCUAUCUAUCUAUCUAUCUAUCUAUCUAUCUAUCUAUCUAUCCCAGUCUGUUCCUAUAUAUUGGUUUCUCCAUCAACGGCAAGUUCCGUGUGGUCAACUGUUCGAAGCCUGGACACGGAGUUGUGUCCAUGAUUGAUGAAGUGAAGGCAACGUAUGUAGUCACAGGAACGCGCGGCCAAGGAAAGAUUCGUCGCACUAUUUUGGGCAGCGUCAGCGACUACAUUGUCCACCACUCACCAGUACCCGUUGUUGUGGCUCGCCAUAGCAAAGACAAACACAAGCCUUUUCGCUAUCUAUCUAUCUAUCUAUCUAUCUAUCUAUCUAUCUAUCUAUCUAUCUAUCUAUCUAUCUAUCUAUCUAUCUAUUCUAGCCUUUUCGCUAUCUAUCUAUCUAUCUAUCUAUCUAUCUAUCUAUCUAUCUAUCUAUCUAUUCUAGCCUUUUCGCUAUCUAUCUAUCUAUCUAUCUAUCUAUCUAUCUAUCUAUGUGUGUCUUUUUAUGUAUGUAUGUAA